AUGAUGAAGACUAUGUCCACUGGAAACUGCAACCUAAAUGUGCCAGCCAAGAACUCAUACCGCAUGGUAGUGCUGGGAGCCUCCAGGGUGGGGAAAAGCUCCAUCGUCUCACGCUUUCUGAAUGGCCGGUUUGAGGACCAGUACACUCCCACCAUAGAGGAUUUUCACCGCAAGGUCUACAACAUCCGGGGAGAUAUGUACCAGCUGGACAUCCUGGACACCUCAGGGAAUCAUCCUUUCCCUGCUAUGAGGAGGCUUUCCAUCCUGACAGGGGACGUUUUCAUCCUGGUAUUCAGCUUGGAUAACAGGGAAUCCUUUGAUGAGGUCAAGAGACUCCAGAAACAGAUCCUGGAGGUGAAAUCCUGCCUGAAGAACAAGACUAAGGAAUCAGCUGACCUCCCCAUGGUGAUCUGUGGCAACAAAAAUGACCACAGUGAAAUCUACCGCAAAGUGCGUUCAGAUGAAGGCGAGAACCUUGUCUCCAGUGAUGAAAACUGUGCUUACUUUGAAGUUUCAGCCAAGAAGAACACCAACGUGGAUGAGAUGUUCUAUGUUCUCUUCAGCAUGGCCAAGCUACCUCAUGAGAUGAGCCCUGCCCUGCACAGGAAAAUCUCCAUCCAGUAUGGCGACACCUUCCAACAGAAGUCCUUCCGGAUGCGACGAGUCAAGGACAUGGAUGCUUACGGUAUGAUCUCUCCCUUUGCUCGCCGGCCAAGUGUCAACAGCGAUCUGAAGUACAUCAAAUCGAAAGUUCUCAGGGAAGGUCAGUCAAGGGAGAGGGAGAAAUGCACUAUCCAGUGA